AUGGCGCAAACAAGAUUGACUCAAAGUUACGUUCAUCAAUCAUGUAUUCGUCCAUUCAAAAACAUCACAGUGGGAAGACUUCUUGAUAGUGCUGCAAACAACUUUCCUAACAGAGAAGCACUAGUAUUCAUGGAAGAUGGCACAAGAAAAACAUUCGCUAAUCUACACCAUGACGUGAAUCGGAUUUCUGCUGGUCUACUGCAGUUGAAUCUCAAACCAGGGGACCCCGUUGCCAUUUUAGCUGAUGAAAAUUACAGGUUCAUUUCAGCUGAGAUGGCUGCAGCGACUGCAGGUUUCACAUCAGUGCGAAUCCUCCGAUUGGUGUCACUAGAUGGAUUGAAAGACACGCUGAAUAGAAUUGGAUGUAAAGCCUUAAUAGUUGGGAUAACUUAUAUGAACCAAAUAGAAGUUCUUAAAAAUAUCAUGUCAUCACUGGAAACAUCUACAUCGCAUAACCUUAGUAUAUCAGAAUUACCAAAAUUGAAACACAUCAUAUCUCUCCUCGCAGAUGAAUGUCCAGGUGUCAUCAACAUUAAGGAAUUAGAGGUUCUUGGAGAUAAUGAGGCUGCGAGAUUGUUGCUGAAGAAGGUGAAAUCUGAGACUGACAUGGAUGAUUUCCAUACAAUUGUCUUUACUUCGGGAAGUACUGGAUCUCCAAAGGCUGUUUCAUUAACUUAUGCACGUCACAACGACUAUGUAUUAUUCCUGAAGAAUGUGUUUGAUAUCACCAUAGAUACCGUCAAAACACAGCCACUGAUCUUUGCACAUCAAGACAUAUUAGUCGGUGGAAGUUUUACGUUUUCUGAAGGUGCUAUGUUGACACUUGGUGCAACUAUUGUGAUCUCCUAUCCACCAAACAACACAAGUUCCUUACUGAAGGCCAUACAUCAAGAACAGUGUAACAUAGGUCUACUAUUUCCAGAAGUUAUCUAUGAUAUUGCAAAUCAUAUGAAUAUUGAUGAAUAUAAUGUCAGCUGUUUUCGCUAUCCAAUUCUCAUCGGAAGUCUAUUCUCUGAACAACUAACAAAGAAAGUAUCCUUGGUGACUUCGUGGGAACUAUAUCAGGCAUAUAGUUCGGUGGAAUGCGGGUCAAUUACAUAUCAGAGUCAUCGUGUCCCAAUGAAAGAGAGAAUGUCUACUGCUGGCUACACUGCAAUGUACGGGGAGCUUAAGAUUGUUAAUGAAAGCAAUCGCAUUAAUGCUAUUAACAAACCUGGUGAAAUAUGCUUUCGUGGUCCAUUUCUUUUCAUUAAAUAUUGGGGAGACCCAGAGAAGACGAGGGAAGCGAAAUCCGAAUGUGGAUGGUUCCAUACAGGAGAUGAUGGAAUAAUGGAUGAUAAGGGUUGCUUGAAGAUCUUGGGACGAAAAGAUGAUAUGAUAAUAAGAGGAGGUGUCAACAUUUACCCUACUGAAAUUGAGUGUUUGUUUGUUGGGCAUCCGAAAAUUAAGCGACUUCAAGUCGUUCCUGUACCUGAUGAACGAUUUUUCUCUGAGAUUUGUUUGUGUGUAAUACUUGUAGAUGAUGUAUCAUUAACGAAAGAUGAAUUAAUUGAACACUUAAAGGGAAGGAUCCAUUCUUUCAAGUAUCCGAGAUAUGUGCUUUUUAUGAAGGAAUUUCCGAUGACCAAAACCUCCAAAAUUAAACGUAAGGAGUUGGCAAUGCAAGCAGCAAAGAUUCUAAAACUUAAUAACUAA